ACCACUCACGGCUUACUCCAACCGCAGCGCAGAGCAACGUGGCGUGGACUGCAGCACGCCCGGCACCUGUCAACUCACCUGUCAGCUCACCUGGCGAGAGCACGACUGGUGAGACACACCCGUGAGGACCAUGCAGGAGCAGAACAGCAGCACGGCGGUGGCGGUGCCCGGCGCGGUAACGCCAGGCCCCACCAUCUUCCCCCCUGUCGGCUACAGCGUCCUGGCGGCAAUCAUGUUCCUCGACGCCAGCCUCUCCAUUGUCAACAAUACGCUGGUGAUCGUGAUCACCUGCCGCUACCCGUCCCUGCGGAGCCCGCUGAACGCGCUCAUCCUCAGCAUGUGCGUGUCGGAUCUGCUCAUGUCUCUGUGCGGCACCACCAUCGCCAUGGUCUCCAACUUCCAUGGCUCCCUACGCCACAUUGGCCACGCCGGCUGCGUCUUCCAGGGAUUCGCGGUCAACUACUUCGGCUGCGUGUCCCUCUGGUCCCUCACUCUGCUGGCCUACGAGCGGCGCCUGGUGGUAACCCACGGCUGUUCGAUGAGGGGCGGGUGGCCCCGUGCCCGCCGAGGCCUGGCCUUCGUGUGGGCCUUCUGCCUCGUGUGGGCCGUGGCGCCGCUGCUCGGAUGGAGCGCCUACGGGCCCGAGGGCGUUCAGACGUCCUGCUCCAUUGCCUGGGAGCGGCGCUCACUCAGCAACUACACGUACCUGGUUUCGUACUUCCUGGCAUGCUUCGUGCUCCCGGUCUCCAUCAUCGUCUUCUCAUACGGAAACGUUCUCUGCUCCUUGCACACGUUGAACAAGAAGAUUAAGCGCGUGGGCGGGCACCCAGACCCGCGGGAGGAGAUGCGGGCCACGGUGAUGGUGCUGGCCAUGGUGGGCGCUUUCUUGGCGUGCUGGUUGCCUUACACGGUGCUGGCGCUCUGCGUGGUGCUCGCACCGGGCACGCAGAUCCCGCCGCUGGUUGCAACGCUGCCCAUGUACUUCGCCAAAACGAGCCCCAUCUACAACCCGAUCAUCUACUUCUUCCUCAACCGCCAAUUCCGUGCCUGCGCCGUGGAGUUUGUGACGUGCGGCGCUGUGAAGCUCAACGAGCCCACGGACGAAAGUGCCCCACCGCCGCCUGCCGACACCGUCAUGCCGCCGGGCCCAACGCCCCCGCGGCACAACCAGAUCAGCCCGGCCUGAGGCUGGCGACCCCCGGGCGGCAACGGCUUAGAGAUAGAAGAGUUAGACCUCCGAAGGAUUUGGACCGCAGGGUCAGAAUGCUCUCCGAUACGACGCCACACGUUCCACUCACUGAGGACCGAAUAGGUCAGAUUAGUGAAUAUCUGUAGAAAACCAGUUACACCCAGUGCACAAUACUACACUGGGCGUGGGGGGUGAUCGCUCAGGGUAGAUACUUGAAGGUCGGAUAUAAGACGUUGUACUCUUAUAUGAUUUAACCUCUCCUCCAUCAAGUAUGUCGUUACAUUAUACAUCGCUUCUGACCCUGGGGUACAAAUGCCACGAGUCAAAAUACUUUUCUUUGCCACCGGCGGCGGCAGCAGCACUUUGACAGCCGUAGUAAGAGUGCAGUAGAGGCUGAGCACCAUGCACACACGCAUGCACAUACAAACACACACACACACACGCACACAGACAGGCGCCUUUAUGUUCACGCACAGAUUUAUUAGUGAGCGGCAGCGAGGAUGGUACCAAUACGGCACGGGGAAAGUGGCGACUCCCUCCCGGUGUGAGGGGAAGGGGCGACUCACAGCCCGGCCCCCUCGGCCAACGUGGUCACCCAGGAGUUGGAGUCGCGCUUUAUCUUCUCAAACUCUGGGGGAUGGGGGCGGAAGUGGGGGGACGUCGUGAGUGGUCGUAGCACCAGGAGACAAUAAACGCACCCUUGCAGACAA